UCAGUCAAGCAGGCAGUCGGUUCGAGGGAUUGUUGGGUGUCGAGUCUUCCUGAGCGGUGACCUCCUUGCUGCUUCCCGGUCAGCGGCGGCGGCUGCACCGGCGGCGGCGCGGUCCCUCCGGGAGGUGCGGCGUGGGCCGAGCGGCGGCCGCGGAGCGUCGAGCCCAGCGCGGCGGCGGCGGCGGCGGCCGGGCAGCCAACAUGGCGGCGGCGGCGGCGGGCGCGGGCCCGGAGAUGGUCCGCGGGCAGGUGUUCGACGUGGGGCCACGCUAUACCAAUCUCUCGUACAUCGGCGAGGGCGCUUACGGCAUGGUGUGCUCUGCUUAUGAUAAUGUCAACAAAGUUCGAGUAGCUAUCAAGAAAAUCAGUCCUUUUGAGCACCAGACCUACUGCCAGAGAACACUGAGGGAGAUAAAAAUCUUACUGCGCUUCAGACAUGAGAACAUCAUUGGAAUCAAUGAUAUUAUUCGAGCGCCAACCAUUGAGCAAAUGAAAGAUGUAUAUAUAGUACAGGACCUCAUGGAAACAGAUCUCUACAAGCUCUUGAAGACCCAACACCUCAGCAAUGACCAUAUCUGCUAUUUUCUUUACCAGAUCCUCAGAGGCUUAAAAUAUAUCCAUUCAGCUAACGUACUGCAUCGUGACCUCAAACCUUCCAACCUGCUGCUCAAUACCACCUGUGAUCUCAAGAUCUGUGACUUUGGCUUGGCCCGUGUUGCAGAUCCGGACCACGAUCACACAGGGUUCCUGACGGAGUAUGUAGCCACACGUUGGUACAGGGCUCCAGAAAUUAUGUUGAAUUCCAAGGGCUAUACCAAGUCCAUUGAUAUUUGGUCUGUAGGCUGCAUUCUGGCAGAGAUGCUCUCCAACAGGCCCAUCUUCCCGGGGAAGCAUUAUCUUGACCAGCUGAACCAUAUUCUGGGUAUUCUUGGAUCCCCAUCACAGGAAGACCUGAAUUGUAUAAUAAAUUUAAAAGCUAGAAACUAUUUGCUUUCUCUUCCACACAAAAAUAAGGUGCCAUGGAACAGGCUGUUCCCAAAUGCUGACUCCAAAGCUCUGGAUUUACUGGACAAAAUGUUGACAUUCAAUCCUCACAAGAGGAUUGAAGUAGAACAGGCUUUGGCCCACCCAUAUCUGGAGCAGUAUUAUGACCCAAGCGAUGAGCCCAUCGCUGAAGCACCAUUCAAGUUUGACAUGGAAUUGGAUGAUUUGCCCAAGGAAAAGCUCAAAGAACUCAUUUUUGAAGAGACUGCUAGGUUCCAGCCAGGAUACAGAUCUUAAAUUUGUCAGGACAAGGGCUCAGAGGACUGGACGUGCUCAGACAUCGGUGUUCUUCUCUCCAGUUCUUGACCCCAGUCCUGUCUCCAGCCCGUCUCGGCUUCUCCACCUUGACUCCUUUGAGCCGUUCAGAGGGGUGGUUUCUGGUAGUUGUGGCUUUUAUGCUUUCAAAGAAUUCCUUCAGUCCAGAGAACUGUUCCUGGCACCCCUGUGUGUGUCACCUACCGGUGACCUGUGGCAGUAUGUACUUUCAGUGCACCUACUGCUUACCGUUGCUUUAGUCACUAAUCGCUUUCUGGUUUGAAAGAUGCAGUGGUUCCUCCUUCUCCUGAAUCUUUUCCUCUGUGACACCCUGCUGACCAUGCAGUCACCCAGAGAUAGUGCUUUCCACAUUGGCUCUCGUCACUGGCAUCUCACUUUAUGAUAGGGAAGGCUACUACCUAGGGCACUUUAAGUCAGUGACAGCCCCUUACUUGCACUUCACCUUCUCACCAUAACUGUUUCCCAGAGCAGAGGCUCAUGGAAACACCUGGGAUGACGUUGCAGCCUCCCGCAAGCAGCGCCCCUGUCUCGGGAAUCUGUGGGGGGCACUGGUCAGGGUCUUUUUGCAUAUCAUGUGAGUCAGUAGCAUAUUUAAGGAUGUACUAUUUGCCUGGCUUUUAGAAAACUCAAUCAUUUUUCUAAAUAAAAGGAAGGACUGCACCCAGCAGUUUCACUCUGUAGAUUUACUAUGGUUACUUGUACCAUUUAUAGAGAUAUAACACUUGCCAAAACGUGUUAUAUGCAGUACUGAGGGUUUGCAGGACUUAUGCAAAAAGAUUUAAAGUGACAACUUCACUGGGGAAUUAGGGAGAGAGAUACAAAGGUCCCAGCAGGGUGCUGAGGAAAGUAUCUGGAGAGGUAGCCAGCAGGCUGCCCUGGUGUCAUGGGGCAGAGCUCCACACACUGGAGUACAUACACCCCUGAGCUGCUUCACAUGGUGUGCCACGUUUAGUGUACCCACACUCAAUGCCUGAGGAUUUAGCGGAGAGGAACACUGCAUCUUUAAAUGAGAAACUAUACAAUUCUUUUUCCUCCUACAGCAUGUCAGCAUCUCAAGUUCAUUUUUUAACCUACGAUAUAACAAUUUGUAAUAAAGCCUUCAUGAGCUCAUGACAUGAAGCACUGUUCUCUUGUCAAGUACCCUCAGACGUUUCUGGUACUGCUGAGCUGAGACCAUCAAAAAAAGCUAGCACUAAGUCGUGUUUGGAGCUCUAGCCCGUAUUUUCCUGAUGUGUUUAAGUAUUUGUUCCUGCCACUGUACACUGUGGCAUUGGCUUGGUGUUCUGUCCCAGUGCAGUGCCUCCUCUUGACUCCCCCACUGCUCUCUGUGGUGAGAAAUUUGCCUUGUUCAAUAAUUACUGUACCCUCGCAUGACUGUUACAGCUUUCUGUGCAGAGAUGACUGUCCAAGUGCCACAUGCCUAUGAUUGAAACAAAAAAUCUAUUGUUACCUCUGAGUUGUGUUCCACGGAAAAUACUAUCCAGCAGAUCACUUAGGAAAAAUAAUUCUAUUUUUAGCUUUUCAUUUCUCAGCUGUCCUUUUUUUCUUGUUUGGUUUUUGACAGCAAUGGAGAAUGGGUUAUAUAAAGACUGCCUGCUAAUAUGAACAGAAAUGCACUUGUAAUUCAUGGAAAUAAAUGUACAUCUUCUAUCUUCAUAUUCAUGUUAAGAUUCAGUGUUGAUUUCCUCUGGAUCAGCGUGUCCAAACAGACAGUCAGGUUCAGUUUGUGCUUGGAACAGAAAUGCUUGUGGGCAUUGCCCCAACACUUUGGUUUACGUAAGAUGAUUUAGAACACAUUUCUGUAGUGUCCUUUUUCUCCUCUGCACAGCAGAGAUUCAAUUCUGACAUGUUCCUUUAUUCAAAUCAUAGGUCUAAAAUAUUAUAUCAAACUCUGAUGAAGAAGCCCAAAUGUCUCAGGUUGGAUUCUCUAGUUCUCUCUGAAGAAGGCCGGCCUGUGUGCCCCAGAGCUGCUGUUGGGCACGGCCGAGUGCUGGGAAGGGCUGCCCAGCAUCCCUCAGCCCAUACCCUUCGGCCCAGGCUGCUGCUGCUCCACUUCACGGGCUAAAGAAGGAUGGCUGACUCAUCCUCAGACCAGAGCUGCAUCUAGAUUCUUGCCCUAAGAUACGUGAUUUUCAUCUCCAUGUGCAGAGCUGCCAUGUGAAGGUCCACACACAGCAUUGACAGGAUACAGAGAUCUGACUGUUACUUGAUACAUUGAUAAGUCAGUUUUCAUUUUAAAAGGAGCAUUGACAGUUUUAUUACGCUUAUUUCUUUGUACUUUUUAAAUGGAAUGUUGGUAUUAAGAGGUUAACCUACAGUCCUCUAAAUAGAAAGCCACAACGGUGGUUACUAAUACCUGGGGACUCUGGACUCUUUCCCAUCCCUUUGCUGGUACCGAGGAGUCAGAUUGGCAUGAAACCACUAACUGCAUUCUAGAAUCACUAGCCAUAAGUUGUGUGCUUUUUAUUAAUCAUGCCAAACUUAGUUUAUCAGCUCAGAGAAUUGUCAUAACCAAGGUACCUGUGAAAAGUACUAGCUAUUAUGUGUGAUAGACUCAUCAUUUGGAUCUUCUUGCAUCUCUAAAAAUGCACAGAUUUGGUCAUCUAAAUUCAUACUGGUGAUACCAAACUUCUCCAUUAUUAGUAUGUUAGAUAAGCUUUCAGACUAACGGCUCUUUUGGUGUCUAAAAUGUAAGCAAAAAAUUCCUGUUGAAACAUUCCAAUCCUUUCAUUCAGUACGAAACAAAAUACCUAACAAGCCAGUGGGAUGGAUUUGAGGGAACUCAUGAUGACUCUGUGCUGACACAAGACUUCAAAGCUGAUAGAGACACGCAGACCGUUUUGAUGCAUGAGUAGAGUAUCAUUGUAUUUGUGUUUGUGUGCACAGUGUGUGGUGUGUUGACAGUAAUUCCUUCUGCUACAGGCAUAGGUGAUGGGUGUGGAGGUACCUGUUAGCUUUCAGGAGCCACGUGGCUUGUCAGUGAUUGUCUCUGAGGAGUCACACAGGUAUGCUGCCCACGCGACGUGCCACAUAAUAUUCAGACCAUUCAGAGGAGACUGUUUUACCUUUAUUUGCUUAUAUGUUAAUACGGUUUUUAAAUUAGUACCUUUUAUAUAGUAUGGUAACAGUAUGUUAUACACACAUACAUAUGCACACAUGCUUUGGGUCCUUCCAUAAUACUUUUAUAUUUGUAAAUCAAUGUUUUGGAGCAAUCCCAAGUUUAAGGGAAAUAUUUUUGUAAAUGUAGUGGUUUUGAAAAUCUGAGCAGUCCUUUUGCUUAUACAUUGUUAAAGCAUAUGUGCUUUAAAAUUGUUAUGCUGGUGUUUCAAAUAAGAUACUCACAUAGUGCAGAAGACAAGCAUGUAUAACAGUAGAGUAAAUACUUGGUUUCUCUCACUGUCACCCAGCUCGGCAUCAUGGAUCAGAAGCAAUGGGGAAUCCAGAGGGAAUUCUCUAGGGUUGCACCAGGUUUACGUAAAGCUCGUUGCCUUUUUGUGCUGUGUAUCCAUGUAGAGCACUCAAGAAAGUCCUGAAACUGCUUUGUAUCUGCUUUGUACUGUCGGUGCCUUCUUGGUAUUGUACCCCAAACUCUGCAUAGAUUAUUUAGUAAAAUGGUAAGUUAAAAAAUGUUAAAGGAAGAUUUUAUUAAGAAUCUGAAUGUUUAUUCAUUAUAUUGUUACAAUUUAACAUUUAUUUGUGGUAUUUGUGAUUUGGUUAAUCUGUAUAAAAAUUGUAAGUAGAAAGGUUUAUAUUUCAUCUUAAUUCUUUUAUGUUGUAAACGUACUUUUUAAAAGAUGGAUUAUUUGAAUGUUUAUGGCACCUGACUUGUAAAGAAACUACAAAAAAAAUUAGAAUCAUUAAAUUGUGUCCCUCUGUUACCAAAAUAA